UUCCUCUAAACUGAUUGGCUACGGUUUCUGCCUUUCAAAGCAGCGGCAUCGCCUCUUGUAGGGUCAUUUUUUCUGCGGUGUAAACGUUCAUUUAUACUAUUAAUACAGCGGCUUUGAGCACUAGUUAUACUCCCGAGGCAUGCCCCUGAUGGGGACUGGAAGCGGCCUUGUGAACAUCUAAAGCGGACACAGUGAAAUGCAUCCCCGGGACGCUGAACCUGCUCCAUCGCUCACACAAAGCCCGUGACGCAGGCCGUGUUUUUUUCCUCAGACAGCGCUGUGGUGAUGUCAAACAUGUCGGGGAAUCAUUAUAAAGGCCAGGAAGUCAGCUGCUGCAUUAAAUACUUCAUUUUUGGAUUUAACAUCUUGUUUUGGCUGCUGGGCAUGGCCUUAGUUGGAAUUGGACUUUGGGCAUGGAGUGAGAAGGGGGUUCUGUCCAACAUCUCAUCCAUCACAGACCUGGGGGGUCUGGACCCAGUCUGGCUUUUCAUGGUUGUUGGGGGGGUCAUGUUCAUUCUGGGCUUUGCCGGUUGUAUUGGAGCACUGAGGGAAAACACAUUUCUGCUUAAGUUUUUUUCUGUGUUUCUGGGAAUAAUCUUUUUCUUGGAGUUAACAACGGGAGUUCUGGCAUUUGUCUUUAAAGACUGGAUUAAAGACCAGCUCAAUCUGUUCAUCAAUAAUAACAUUCGCGCAUACCGAGAUGACAUCGAUCUACAGAACCUCAUUGAUUUCACUCAAGAAUAUUGGGAGUGCUGUGGUGCAUUUGGAGCAGAUGAUUGGAACCUGAACAUCUAUUUUAACUGUACUGAUGGGAAUCCCAGUCGGGAAAAGUGUGGCGUUCCUUUUUCCUGCUGCACUAAGGACCCAGCGGAGGAUGUGAUCAAUACGCAGUGUGGAUACGACGUUCGAGCUAAACCGGACUCGGAGCAGAAGGACUACAUCAAUGUGAAAGGGUGUGUGCCGCAGUUUGAGAAGUGGCUACAGGACAACCUCACUUUGGUGGCUGGGAUCUUCAUAGGAGUUGCACUGCUGCAGAUUUUUGGGAUUUGUUUGGCUCAGAACCUAGUGAGUGACAUUGAGGCUGUGCAGGCAAGCUGGGUGUCCCCCCCUCUUUCCAUCCAUCGACUCCCACCACAUUCCAGCAAGAAAGCAUCAGCUUACUACUCAUGAGACACGCAGACGCUGUAUGUGUAUAGCUGCUUCUUUACCUAAUCCUGAAACAGCAUUUCAACUCUUAACAGCCUUUGAACAGAUCUCCUUGAACACAACAUCAGGGAGCAUUCAGAGGAUGUCACGGAUCCCUUGCACCAUCGUGCUCACUGAACCAGCACCUUUUUUCAAGGCACUAAUGCAUGGGGAAAAUGUUCUGUAUAUACCACUCUGUGUAACUAUGGUAAAAAGAUAACUGUUGGAGAGGAUGGUUAAACUUGCACUACAUUCAGAUUGUCGCAGUGCGCCAGUUUUGAUAGCAAUGUGUAGAGAGUAUGAGUUUUGAUAUACCUUUUUGAUAUUAGAUCAGUAUUUUUCAAUGUGGAAAAUAAUGUUCCAUUGCUAAAUCCAUCAUACAGGACUGUGAAAUAUUGUAUAAAAGAAAUGGAGGUGUACUUUUUUUGGAGUUCAGUGUUUGCAUUGCCUCUCACUAUUUGUCCAGGACCCUGGCACAAGAGGGCCAAAAGUCGCAAUAGUUAGCAAGUAAUGACGCAUUCGCCAGUUUUGGACUGACAGCUGAAAGCUCAGUUUUCCCAUGACUGAAGGAGACAGGAUUUCACUAUGUAGCUCCAGUGUGCAAUGACCUUUGAGCACCAUGUUGUUUUGGGACUGGAGAUGCUCUUUGUUUUGGUACUAAUCAAAAUGCAUCUGUCACACAGUAAAAAAACAAAAACAAAAAACAGAAAAAAAAAACUGUCAAUUUAACUGAGGUUAAAUGUUGGGUCAGAUGACGCUCGAUUUAAAGACUUGUUCCACUUUUAGACCAUCCAUAUUAAAGCAAAGUUCCUUUACACUUGCUUGUGCUUACACAAUAUUUAACAUGUUAAAACUUGAAUAAAUUUGGAUUUGGAUCACAUGUUGUAAUCUUACUUUUUAGGCUAAUCAUUCCUCUUCUCCAUUUUGGCCGUGACGUGAUCCCUGCACAGUGUGGCUAGCCUUUAAAAAGAUGAAGCAAAUCUUCACUUGUGCCACACAAAAUACAUUCCAAGGUUAAUCUGAAUCCCAUACGGGGCUUUAACUCUUAGAUGAAUCAAGCAGUUAUGCGGGUAUUUUGUCCUGCCAGUAAUUGUACAUACUGUAUAACUGGAACCAUUGUUGUAGUGCUCAAGUCCAGGACUUGGACUUGAGCACUGAUGACACAGACAUGAGCAUUGACUGCAUUUGGACUCAGAAGUUGGAUAAGAGGAUGUGAUUUUUUUGUCUUUGUCUCUGUCUCAGGCUUUAAAAAUUUGGCAUAAGAUACUGAUAUUAAAACCUGUUCAUUCGCACUAUGCUGUAUCCGCACUAUCCACUUCUAUCAAGCGUUUUUCUAUAAAUGAUUAUAUAUGAAAUUGCCAAACAAUAUCAUGAUGCAAUACACAAGUGGUUCCGUUAACCAAAUAUUUUCUGUGUAUAAAAUUACUGUUCAUAUUUUCUUUCUAGAUAAGUUUUCAUGAAUUUGAAAGUGGAUAUCCCUGAGUGUUAAGGGUUUUUCUAGAAUGUUUUAAACCCUUUCAGAACAUUGAGUGGUGUAAAAACAGAGAAAAUGUCAAUCUGUAUUAUAAUGUCUCCCUUAACUGUUGAAUCAGAAGUUUAAUUUCAGUGUUGUAUGGCUUCACUGAGUUCAGCAGUAGCUCUCAAACCAUCUCUUUCAUGCCAGUGGCAUUUUUCCGCUUCAGGCAGACCUAAAAUUUAUUAGCCCUGUUCCACAGUGUCAUCUAACAUUACCGUUGGAGGAGACGGUCCUGGAAGAUCCUACAGAAAACCUCUGAUAAACAGCUGUGCAUUGCUGAUGUUCUUUAACAACUAACAUUAGCUACAGCCUACCUGUAGCUAACAUGAGCACUUGCUGCAGCAGACCUCUGCCACACCAGCAUAACAUUGGUUAAAAGUGAGCUUUAACGUAGCUCAGUUCUGUGAGUAAAGACACCAGUAGAAACACACAGCAGAUUGAGAGCUCAAGCUGAACUCGGGAAGCCACUGCAGUAACCACACAGCCAUGCUCGGCAGAUAGAAGCCUCGGUGUGAACAGUGGCUUGAGAAGAGGGCUGUCCUCUCCUCAUGGAUCUCAACCAGAGUAUGCAAAUCACACUCUCCUAUGUUCAAAUUAUCAUUUUGUGCAACAAACAGUCAUAAAACAAACAAUCAGUCGACAAUUUAGGGAUCCAAAUUUUAAGCAGUUUCUUAAUCGAUAGUUAGCCACGUUAAUAAUCAAUUAUUGGUUAAUGAUGAACUAUUUAUGAUA